GGUGUGCAGUGUGUUGUGCGGUCGUCCGUGCUCUGUUGGUCAGGUUCUGUGAUACCCACCGGAGAACCCGACCUCAGUUGUUUACUUUCUGAAGUGGCAAAGAGUUCAUGGUUUUAGAUAUACUUUUGAAAUUGCUUAUAGUAAUUAUGAUAUCGGCAAAUUUUUCGCCUAAGGAUCGAAGGAAAGUAACCUCGCUGCUUCUACAAAAUUGACUGACAACGUUCAACGUCUUUUCGGCAUUCACGAAGACGUCGUUUCUCCCCGGCAUUCCUCCAUGAAAACGGCGGAACGUUCUUUGGUUCGUUGGCGUUCUUAUCCUAAAACUUUUCGUCGGCAGCAGAAUUUGCAUUUGACUUUUGUAGAGGCACGAGUGUUGUUUCCUUUCAUCCCUCGAUUUUUGCCCAAACAUUUAGGCGAAAUAAAUGAGGGACUGAAGUUUUUUAUCUUCGUGCUGAUUUUUUAUCAAACUUUAUUCGACGUCUGAAUGUCAAAUAUUGAGUGCAAGCUUACCCGUUGAUGUCACAUACCUGGAGCAGGAACCGAGAUUUGUGAAUUGAAAAUCACUUCUUGUGAGAUUUUCUUGCCGAAAUAAGAAAUAAAUUCAAGACAAUAAAUAAUUUUGAAAAUUGAGUGAUUGGAAGACAUGUGAGUAAUUAAACUCGGGAUUUAAUGAUAAUGGUUAAAACAUUUGAACUUUAAUAAUCUCUUUUGAAUAACUUCCUUAAUCAGUGGCCUUAAUCCAUGGAAAAAAAAUCUGGAAACAACGCCAGAAAUAUUUCUCUUGUUACUGGACUUGCAAUUGGAUUAAAAUCGCACUGACAUUCUAUUGUCUUCCCAUGAUUAUUUAUUGCUCAUUGCAUAGCAGCUUAGUUCUUAUGAAAUUAACGCUUCAAGAUCGACGUCUCCGUUUCAGAGAACAAUUUUGCUUGCUUUUGAGUACCUGUGCCAGGACAAUCCCAAGGAUUUACGCACAGCUUCUAUUACUGGAGACGAAGUGCGAAGUAAUUUAAAGCUUGACUCUACUCUCUUCAUGAAGAUUAUCUGCCCAUGACUAACGUCAGAGAAUAGUUAUUCAGUUUAUUAUCAUUAAACUUCAUUACUGCACCCACAAAUCUUCUGUUCUCAACCGUCCUGAUCGGAAUCGUAAUUGUGAAUAGCACGAUCACGUCAGAUAACAGCGCCGUGUCGAGCGUGCUGAGGGAGUGCAGGACGCUGCUGCGGGCUCCCUCAGCACUGCUGCGCAGCACCUCAUCCCUGCUGCGUUUCGGCAGCAGCAGCAGCAAUGAACCGCGGCGUCCGAUGCACCUGCGGUCGCCGGAGCUGCGGCGACAUGCCGGCGGUCCGCCGAAGAUUCUGCCGCGGCCGCCUAAGCCUGCGCCGUCCAACGGCGGCCGAACGUGCGCCCGAUGCGAGGGUCGCGACAGCUUCGGCAACAGCGGCGCUAGUGUUCUGUCCCGCGCCUCGUCUUCGCUUAGCGGGUACUCUUCUUCUGGAUGUACUCUGCGCACCUCUCUCACUACCGCGCACCACCCCGUGGGGGAGCGCGAGAUGAACUCCUUCCAGAAGACGAUCCCUGCCCUGCGUCGUCACGACCCUAAGACUUCCACUAUCCGGCAGCACUACUAUCCUGAAGGUGGCUGGGGUUGGGUGGUAUGUGGAUGCGUGUUCGUCAUCCACAUCCUGACGACAGGGAUGCAGUAUUCCUUCGGGGUGCUCUACACCGACCUGGUCAACCACGUGGGGCUCAGCCAGCGCAGCGCUGUCACUGCCAGUUGGGUAGGGUCGACAAGUCUGGCAGUGUCGCGCUGCACGGCGCCGUUGGUGGUUGCGUUGUGUCGCCGCAAGAGCACGCGUCUCACGGCCGUCAUUGGAGGGCUAGUCAUGGCACUAGCGACACUAUUUGCUUCCUUUGCCCUACAGCUGCACCAGAUAUUUCUCAGCUGGUCGCUGGUGCUGGGUGUAGGUGUUGGGCUGACUAGGGAGGCGGCAUCGUUGAUGUUAGGCCAGUAUUUCAAACGGCGACGUGAGUUUGUGGAGAUGAUCGUACAGACCGGCAGUGGCGUGGGCAUCACUUUGUUCUCCGUGUUCUUCAAGGAGGUCAUCAAGUCAAUCGGCUGGAGGCUGGGACUGCAGGCCGUUACGGGCACAGUUUUUCUGUCAUUUAUCCUGGGCAUUUGUUACCGCUCAGCCUCCCUGUACCAUCCACAACGACGAGCCAUCCUCCAUCUCAAGAACCAGAAAAAGAGGGUCAAGGACAAGGGCCGGUGUGACGAGAAGCCGCCAUACUUCGAGAUGCAGUGCCUGAAGGCGCGCUCCAUGCAGGUGCUGGUGCUGGCCUCCGCUAUCUUCUCCGCGGGGCUUUACGCACCGCUCUUCUUCUUGAUUCUUGGUGCACAAGAAGAAGGCUUGGAAGAUUCCUCGCUGAUUCUCCUGCAAACCUUCCUGGGCUUCGCCUACGCGCUGGGCUGCCUGGGCUUUGGGCUGAUCGUGGUGCGGCGCAGCAACCAAUGCCUUAUUUCCCGCCAGUACCUGUGUCAGGCAGCCCUAUUGUCCCUCGGCGCGAUGAGUCUGUCGCUGACGGCGGUACGUGGGUAUCAUGGGUACGCGCUGUUCAUGUGGCUGUACGGCAUGCUGCUGGGGGGUGCCCACUAUGCCCUGCAGAUGCUCGUCCUGGAGAGGGCACGGGCACGACACUUCGCCAGGGCAUGGGGCUUCAUGCAGGCGGCGUCCGCCAUACCCAUCCUCGUCGGGGUACCCAUAACUGGUUACAUAAACGAAGCGUCAGCGAAGAGCGGCUACUUUUUCUCAAGCGCCUGCACUCUGGCGGGCGCUUCAUGCCUCUUCUUUUUGAAGGCGACACCCAUGGCCCCCGAGUCCCAGCCUGGAUCCUUCACGCGUCCUUCAGAAAACCACCAUAACACUGAGGAUAUCCCCCGAUUUCCUGGAUUCGAUAAACACAUCGAGAAGCCGGGCCAGCUUUUCAGUCCUCUUCAGAUGCAGAACGGCCCAGUGAGAGGACCCACAGGUCCAACGUGUACAUGUGGUGCGGAACCUUUAAUGGUGAUGCCCAAGUAUGAGAUGGAUUUUCGGAGAGUGCCAAAGAAUCUUUCGUUUGCUUCUUCUAUUGAUACUGGAGGGCCUAUGUUUAGACCUGAAUUACUUACGUGUGUCUCUGAAGAAGGUUUACUCGGUCCCUGUUGUGCUAAUAUGGAAGAGACUUUAAGUGAAGACUGUGGUGCUAUGUCACACAUAAGUCGAUACAACGCCAUGCCAUGCAGGAUACAAGCGCCGUACCUUAACAAUGACAGGCCAUUUUCUGCCUACAGAUCCCAAUCUUUACCUAGGCGAGCCUUCCAAAAUCAAAACAGUCAUUCCUAUCACCAGAUUUCGACAUUACCUAGGGAUGGUUCUUUAGCCAUGUCAUGUAGGCGGUUGGGAAGCUCAUCGGGUGUUAGUUUUAGUGAACCUGAGGGAUUGGCAAGGCUAGGCAACCGACCUGGAAGUUUACGUAGCAUGUCCCCCUUAAAUCCUCAACAGUUUCCCCACCAUCGCCUCAAACUUCCUUCUCCUCCUCCACUAAGAGGUCAUAGAGAGUGUCCGCCUCUUACUUCCCGUGACAGAACCCAUCCUUCUAUUCUUCGGCGCCCUCUGCCCCCUCCUCCCCAACAACCCCAGCGACGGUUCACGCAGAUGGAGGAAAGAACCACCUCGGUGUGACCCGAACCUCAGCUUCCCCCACAACCCCCCGAGUUGCCCUUCCCCCCCUGCCCCGUGUGCUACUCUUGUGAUCCCCAACCGCGGUGAUGGGGGACGGGGGACGACAUCGCGGUGACAGGGGACAGCAACUGGGACCAAACAUUCUGAAAAAUAAAUGGGCCACGUUGUUCAAAUAGAGAUCAACUUUCUUACCCACAGCAAAAAACGGAGCAUCUACACGCCUAUUUGCCGGGCCAAAUUUGGUCCGAGUGACGUAAACAAGCACAAGAAGUGCAUCGCUAUUUGGACAAAUUCCCAUUCAUUUCUCUGAAUGAAAGCCAGACUAAUUGAGACCGUUCACAAAAUUUAGUUAUGCCACUAAAAUUACCAUUUCAGAAGUGGAUGGGGAUUAACGGGGGUGAAGGAGGAGGGGGAAGUCUAUGAGGUUCUGGAGAAAAUUUCAAGACGUGCUUAAGGCUUCUAAUGCGCGCACCAUAUUUGUGUUGAGGUUUUUCCUGACAUAGGUAUAAGGUAUACCUUAUACGGUAUACCUUAUCGGUAUAACUUAUACCUUAGGUAUAAGUGAAUUUAUUUUGUCUGCUGUGCAUUUAAUGGAAGUCUUCGUGUGUGAUGGUUUUUGGGCAUUCAUACAAAUAAUCUCAGUCGAAGCAGUGCCCAAAUAUAGUGCCAAUAGUCACUUCAAAUUAGUGAACUCUUGUAAUAUAGACGUUAAUUUUAAAGUGUCUUGAGUCAGCUUUGUUACGUAUUCAGUUAAUUUAUAGAAAUUUCGAUAUCAAUAAUUUAAUCAUGGCGCUGUCGUCUAUAAAUCUAUUAUACUUACUAGACUUGGAGUCUACAUGCAAUCUCGUUUAAAACAGAAUACUAAGCAAAGACAUACUUGAAUAGAAAAUAACAUCUGAUACUUUUCAACUACUGCGAUUCAAACUUGAAUGUUGACAGAGAUCUGAACUACUCAUUAAAUCUGUUGAAAUUUACUUUCAAAAUUCAUAAGAGAAAAAGUUUGUUGACAUCAACAGUAAAGCGCUUAUUUCAUGGCUGGCCUCUGGAAACGAAUUUUGGAACUUCGCUCACUUCGGCCCGUUAAUUAAAUUUAUAUAUUUUUGUAUAUUAAAUUAAAUAUUUCUUCUGUGGUCAAAGAACCUUGCUACUUAAGCUCAUUCCUCGACUGUUAUUUCACAUUUUUAUAUUUUACUGAAUUAGUUGCUAUUUUUUUAAGCAACUUUAAUCGACGAUUGAACUUUUAAACCAAAGACAACAAUGGAAUCAUUAUGAUGCGUACAAAGUUGCAUUUUCUUUAUGAAUAAUAAUAAUGAAAUUUAAUUAAUUAUAAUAGAUUUUAAGUAUGAUCUGUCCUUCCAAAGAGCAAGGUGGAAAAAACGACGAAUUAAGUUUAGCGAUGCCAAAGAAAUUAGAAUAAGUCAAUAACUUAAGACGGUGUAUUAACUAUGAUUUUUUUAUACGUGCCAAAACGCAGUUUAGGAUUUUGAUCAUUUGCGAGAUUUUAAAUUUAAGAUUCAUCCAUAUUAUGGCUCAACAACGGGGAUAACAUUUCCAUCCAUUUUAUGCCCCAACAACAGGGAUAACAUUUUCAUCCAUAUUAUGGCCCAACAACAGGGAUAACAUUUUCAUCCAUAUUAUGGCCCAACAACAGGGAUAACAUUUUCAUCCAUAUAACGGCC